AUGGGUGCCGGUGAUUUGAACGUGAAAAAGUCGUGGCACCCACGUCUACAGCGCAAUCAAGAGAAAGUAUGGAAGCAGGAGCAGGAGGCACUGGCGGAGCGUAAAAAGCUCGAUGAAUUGCGCAAAGAGCGCGAACAAGAACGCCAAAUGCAGGAACUGCAGCGCAUUCAUGAAGCUGCUGGUGGCAAACGACGUUCUGAACGCGUUGAAUGGAUGUAUGCAACGCCUGCUACAAGUACAGGGCCUUCAGAAAGCGAAUUAGAGGAUUAUUUGCUGGGCAAAAAACGUGUUGAUAAGCUCCUGCAAGGCAAUGAAGCACAGCAGCUCUCUCGGACAGCAGGACCUGCAGUGUUAAACGAACCGGAAGAAACUAAUACAGCGAAGGAUAUGGCAUUGAAAGUGCGAGAAGAUCCGCUUUUUGCCAUCAAGAAACAAGAACAGGCCAUGUACGAAAUGCUGAUGAAAGACCCUACUCGAAUGCGCCAAAUGCGUGCACGUCUUGGUUUACCUGUGGAAAAAGACGAGAGAUUAGAUCGUUCUCGUCGCGCUCAUAAUCGUGAUCGUGAUCGCGAUCGCGAUCGUGACCGGCACCAUCGUCAUCGACAUCGAGAUCAUCAUUCCGACCGGCAUGACAGACACCGCAGCGAUCGAUACGAAGAAUGGUCAUCGCGUCGUCAUGAAAGUCGUGAUCGCGAUGAACGUGAGUAUGAUCGACGACACUACGACAAUCAUUGUCCGUACGAUGAGCGGUAUCGGCGUGAGAACUAUGAUCGCCGCGAGCGCGAUGACUACGCAAGACAGCGUGAUCGAGAAGCACGACAUGACAAAGACUCGUUUAGAUCCUCCCGUCGCCACUAUGAUACCCCUUCCCGCCACCGCUCACGCUCACCUAAUUGCUCGCGCGUGACAGAAGAGGAUCGCGCAGCAAAGUUGGCGGAGAUGAUGCAGAAUGCGAAGACGAUGGAAGCGGAUCGUGCCUCAAUGAUUGCGAAAGUGACCGAAGAAGAGCAGAAAGAACAAGAAGAGGAAGAGCAGCGUCGAGACAAGGCACAUAAUACGGGCAAGGCCUCCUUUCUAUUGGACCAACAGCGUAAUUUAUGGGGCGAGCAGAGUGGCGGAAUGGAUCUACAUGAACGUCUCCGGCGUGGACGCCAUGCGCUUGAGCGCGUGCAAGAUGACUCGUAA